ACUAAACGUGAAAAACCAAACACCAACGAUCAGAGAAAAUGGCGCCAAGUCCAAAAACCGCGCAAAACGGGUCCACAGAAACGUCAUCAUGAUGACUCUCGUGAACAGAAAGAACACAUACCUUUUAAAAAGCAGCGCCUUACUACAGAAGAGCUUGAAAACACCAUUAAGGACAAGAUACAAAAGUCCAAAGAAUCCAUCGGCAAACUGAAGAAACAUAUUGAGAACAAUACAUGUCCAAAAACUUUGCGUUAUAACGCAAGGGCAAACAUUGCCCCGGACGAAGAAUUCAAACGAGACAUAAGCUGGAUUAGAAAAGACGCAGAACGAAAAGUUUUAGGCGCACUCGUUAAGUUUCACGACCGUAGAGUCGAAAGAAGCAAAUCCAAACUUGUAAAACUAGAGCAGGAAUCACGCAAAGAAAAGAGGAAAGACAUGUCAGAUAAGGUACCAUCUAAUAUUCUAGAAUGCAGUCACGAACAGAAACUAGAGAAUAUCCAGAAGAGAAUAGACGAACUCAACAAAAUGAAGUAUGUCUUACAAAACGCUAAAGAGAAUAAACAAAGUGAAUCUUAUCCCAGAGUGUUUUCUGAGAAUGUAGAUUAUCCAAAAAGGGAAAGAGGAAAGAAAAAGCGGUCAUUGUCAACCAAAAAACGCAAUGAACGGAGGCGAAAAAUAGCGUGUGAUUUAGAUAAGAACAUAACAGAAGCCAGAAAGAAACAUAUCAAAAACCUCUCAGAUUACAAAAUGACACGCGAUCAGAUAAAUGUUCUGUCAAGGGGUCUUAAAUUUAUCCCCACAGCGGUGACAAACACAGGUCACGUUAGAGCAGAACUAUUAAAAGAUUUCAACGCUUUCGCUAGACGAAUGCGUCUACAGUAUAUCUUUCAUGGAAAAGAUAAAGAGCAACACCCCUUUCAUGUAAAGUCAGACUGGGAGCCACCAGUUCAGCCAUCAGUCGCACUAGAAACAUACCUAGAAGAGGUUAAACUACAACUUGCUAAUAUAAAUACAAUCACGCCUAGAAACAAUCUACCCAAGAGGGAACAACUUGCCAUCAAACAACUGAAACAAAACCCGGACAUCAACAUUAAACGAGCAGAUAAAGGCUCUUCUUUUGUUGUUCUCAACAAAGAAGACAAAAUGAAAGAAGGUAAAAUACAAUUAGAUGACAGAGAAAACUACAAACCCUUAGAAACACCAAUGGUAGUAGAAACCUCUAAAAGGGUCAAGAAAUUGAUAGAUAGCCAUCGUCUUGUCAUCUCGUCUAUAUGUCUCUCUUUGUGAAGCUUAUCUCUCACGCUAAAUCCACCGCGAAUACCACAAUUCUACACUCUCACAAAGAUUCACAAACCAACACCAGUUGGAAGACCGAUCAUAUCGGGCUGCGAAGGCCCGACGGAAAGAAUCUCAUCAUUUGUUGAUAGUCUCCUCCAAAAAAUUGCUAAAUCGCAAAAAUCGUAUCUUAAAGAUACGACAGACUUUAUCAACUUCAUAGAGAAAACCAGGGUCGUAGAAAAUGCUAUUUUAGUCUCUAUGGAUGUAACUAGCCUAUACACAAACAUCCCACAGGAGGAAGGAAUUACCAUUAUAUGCAAAGCAUACGAAACAUUCUAUCAAAACAAACCUCUAAUACCGAGCCAAUGCCUCGCAGAUACGCUCAGACUAAUCCUAAGGGAGAAUUCUUUCCAAUUUGUUGGAAAAAACUACCUCCAAGUACAAGGUACAGCUAUGGGAACAAAAAUGGCAGUUGCAUUUGCUAACAUUUUUAUGUCUGCAAUAGAGACAGAAAUUAUCAACAAAAGUCCGCACAAACCACUAGUGUGGAAGAGAUUUAUCGAUGACAUAUUCUCAUUGUGGAAUGUAGACAAAGAAGAAAUAUACUCAUUCAUCGAACUAGCAAAUAACCACCACCCGACCAUAAAAUUUACUGCUGAAGUUUCAGAAACAGAAACCGCCUUUCUGGAUACAUGUAUUUACAAAGGAGAAAGAUUUAAGAAGGAAUCAAUCCUAGAUGUGCGUACACACUUCAAACCGACAGAAACUUUCCAAUACACGUACUUCUCUUCAUGUCACCCCCCAGGGGUUAAGAAAGGAUUCAUAAAAGGCGAGGCCUUAAGAUUACUCAGAACAAACUCUUCUGAGAAAACGUUCGAA